GUCCAGUGCGGUGGUUGGACCUGUAGAGAGGUGGCUUUCUUUGAGCAUGAAUUCGGACACGGACUCGGGCUCUGAGCGCGAGAAGAGCAGCGAUCCCAACGAGGGUUUGCUCAGCAGCGACGACAAGACCUUUCACGACGACGACGAUGAUGAUGAGGAGGAGGAGGAUUCCUCGCCAGCCGAUGAUGAGGCAGAGUUAGAGGAGGAGAAGUCCCUGCUGCCAGUGCAGAAGGAGGUGGAGGAGAAACCCACAGCCGCCCCAGUGGUUGUCUUGCUGCAAACUGAUGAGGAAGCCAUAGAAAUUCAAGAACAAAUCGAUGUCAACUUUGCUGAGCCCUCCCCGGCCAGACCAUCAUUUGUGAGCGAGGAGGGACCUGCAGUCGUCCAGCAGAGUGCAGAGCCGCAACCGGAACAGGAACAGGAGCCACUGAAAUGUCCUUCCUCGCUGCGUGACAGUGUACGCGAGUCGAUCGAAUGCUUCUACUCGGCACAGGAUCUUCUCGAGUACGGCCACGUGCUCUCCUCGACAGCCGCCGAGCAACGGACACCGGAUGUGGAGUCCGGUUAUUUUGAGAAGUCCGAGAGCGAUGCCUCGCGGGAUGAGUGGGAGGCGGCACCCUCUGCAGGAGCCGCCCGUUCCCGUUUGCUACUGUCCGCCUCCGCAUCCGCCUCCUCCUCCAGUCGCAACAGCUCCGAGGGCCUGCGCAUGGAGCUGAGACGCUUUCGGGCCAUGAUCGAGACCCUGGAGCGAGAGAACCUGGAGAAGUCGCAGUCCGAACAUCAGUUGCAGCAGCUUAGCCCCCCCAAGAAGACCAAGCCGAAGCCAAAGCAGCGAUCCUCUCAUCCACCGGCAGCGCCUGGAAUGCCAGCGGAGCAGCGGGGUUUCUGGUCAACGGUGUUUGGCGAGGCCGGACUGGAGAUGGGCCAGAGCCAGGAGGAGGACGAACGUAUUGCGGAUAUACAAAAAGCUCAUCGUGCUCUGGAACUGCUCGAGGACUACCAUGCCCGACUCUCCGAGCCGCAGGAUCGAGCGCUGCGUAUUGCAAUCGAACGCGUUAUACGCAUAUUUAAGUCUCGCUUGUUUCAAGCGCUGUUAGAUAUACAAGAAUUCUAUGAAUUGACCUUAUUGGAUGACUCAAAGAGCAUACAGCAAAAGACAGCGGAGACCUUGCAGAUAGCAACCAAAUGGGAGAAGGAUGGCCAGGCCGUUAAGAUAGCCGAUUUUAUAAAGACAACAACAACAAACCUAAAUCGCAAUUGUGUCUAUGAGUUUACCAACGAUGCAUCAUCCAAUCAGACUCUCAAUCAAUCAGCACUCAAUCAAAAUCAAAUUGUGAAUAAUAUCAAUACAAAUGCCCAAGCGCAUGCCGAGGCCCUCAGCAGAACAUUUAAAAAUGAAUUGGAAGAGAUUUUGAACCAGCGCAUGCGCAUCGAAUCCGACACGGAGAAUGCCAAGGAUUUGCCGGCCGAGAAUCAGCAGCAGGUGCGCAGCUCCCGAUCUCCGCAGCAGCAGCAGAUACCGCAGUCACAAUCCACGACAUCGGCCAGGAGCGGGUCCCAGACCCUGCACAAGGCGUCUUCGGCAAAGGUGAAUGGCGACGAUAGCUGGCUGUACGAGGACAUACAAUUGGAGCGCGGAAACUCUGGUCUGGGCUUCUCGAUUGCCGGCGGCACAGACAAUCCGCACAUUGGCACGGACACAUCGAUUUACAUCACAAAACUGAUAUCCGGCGGUGCAGCCGCCGCCGAUGGUCGCUUGAGCAUCAACGACAUCAUUGUCUCUGUGAACGAUGUCUCUGUGGUGGAUGUGCCGCACGCCUCGGCCGUGGAGGCGCUCAAAAAGGCUGGCAAUGCGGUCAAAUUGCAUGUGAAACGAAAACGGGGAACGGCCACGGCCACAGCGGCCACCUCGCCAGCAGCAGGAGGCACCGCCGCCGCCACCGCUGGCGAUGCCCGUGACAGUGGUUCAGCGGGCGGUGGCUCAAAGGUGAUUGAAAUCGAUCUGGUCAAGGGCGGCAAGGGUCUGGGCUUCUCCAUAGCCGGGGGCAUUGGCAAUCAGCACAUACCCGGCGACAAUGGCAUCUAUGUGACAAAGCUAAUGGACGGCGGAGCGGCCGGUGUGGAUGGUCGGCUCUCCAUCGGCGAUAAGCUUAUAGCAGUGCGCACUAAUGGGAGCGAAAAGAACCUGGAGAAUGUAACGCACGAGCUGGCGGUGGCCACAUUGAAGUCCAUUACGGACAAAGUGACGUUGAUUGUGGGCAAGACGCAGCAUUUGACCAGCAGUGCCUCACAGUCUGGAGGAUCCACAGCGGGUGUAGCAGCAGGAACAGGAUCCACAGCGGGAGUAUCAGCAGGAGCAGGAGGAGCAGGGCUGCAGCAACAGCAGCUAUCACAGUCACAAUCCCAGCUGGCGACGAGCCAAAGCCAAAGCCAAGUGAAGGAACAACAGCAAGUGAACUCUCAGUCGACAGGUGCGCUUACAAGUGUUGGACAAACGGUUGUUGAUUCAUCAACAGCAGCAGCAGCAGCAUCAGCAGCAGCAGCAUCACUACCAUCAUCAGUCCCACCAGCAUCAGUAAAUGUCCCAGCAUCAGCCACAGCCACAGCCACAGCAUCAGUCAUUGCAACCACAAUCAACAACAGCAACAGCAACCACACUACAACCAACAACACAAGCAACAACAGUAGCAUUUUAAGCAGCUUGGGCAAUGCCAAUAGCCACAGCCACAGUCACAGUCACAACAACAACAAUAAUAAUAAUAAUAAUAAUACCGUCAACAGCAGCAGUGUCAGUGGCAGUGGCAGUGGCAGCCAGACAUCAGUUGCAGUUGCAGCAAUAAACGCUUCUGCAUCUGCAUCUGCAUCUGCCUCCUCCUUCUAUAAGAGCGCUAUGCCAAUGCUUGUAAACAAUGCUGAACAAUCCACCACAACAAUACGUUCCCAAUCACCACCGCCCCUGCCGCGCCAGCCCGGCUCGAGAUAUGCAUCCACGAAUGUCCUGGCCGCUGUCCCGCCUGGCACACCGCGCGCCGUCAGCACCGAGGAUAUAACCAGAGAACCGCGCACCAUCACCAUACAGAAGGGCCCACAGGGACUCGGCUUCAACAUUGUUGGCGGCGAGGAUGGCCAAGGGAUCUAUGUGUCGUUUAUACUGGCCGGCGGACCAGCGGAUCUGGGCUCUGAGCUGAAGCGCGGCGAUCAGCUGCUCAGCGUUAACAAUGCCAAUCUGACGCAUGCCACGCACGAGGAGGCCGCUCAGGCGCUUAAAACAUCUGGCGGCGUUGUCACCUUGGUGGCACAGUACCGACCCGAGGAAUAUAAUCGUUUUGAGGCUCGCAUUCAGGAGCUGAAACAGCAGGCCGCCCUCGGGGCUGGGGGCUCUGGAACCUUGCUGCGGACCACACAGAAGCGUUCGCUAUAUGUUCGGGCCCUGUUCGAUUACGAUCCGAAUCGAGACGAUGGACUGCCGUCGCGGGGACUGCCCUUCAAGCAUGGCGACAUCUUGCACGUGACGAACGCCUCCGACGAUGAGUGGUGGCAGGCGCGACGUGUCUUGGGCGACAACGAGGACGAGCAAAUCGGUAUUGUGCCAUCGAAGAGGCGCUGGGAGCGCAAAAUGCGGGCACGGGAUCGUAGCGUCAAGUUCCAGGGACAUGCGGCGGCCAAUAAUAAUCUAGACAAGCAAUCGACAUUGGAUCGAAAGAAAAAGAAUUUCACAUUCUCGCGCAAAUUUCCGUUUAUGAAGAGUCGCGAUGAAAAGAAUGAAGAUGGCAGCGACCAAGAGCUCAAUGGAGUUGUGAGCAGCACCAGCGAGAUAGACAUAAAUAGUGUCAACAACAAUCAGGCGAACGAACCGCAACCUUUUAUGCUUUGCUACACACAAGACGAUGCCAAUGCUGAAGGAGGCGAGAUUAUCUACAGAGUGGAGUUACCCGAUAUGGAGCAGAUAACUCUGAUCUACUUGGAGAAUAGCGAUGCUGACUAUCCCUCCGAGGAGAAUGUACUGUCGUACGAGGCCGUGCAGCGUUUGUCCAUCAACUAUACGCGUCCCGUCAUCAUACUGGGACCCCUGAAGGAUCGCAUCAACGAUGACCUAAUAUCUGAAUAUCCCGAGAAGUUUGGAUCUUGUGUGCCACACACCACGCGGCCCAAACGCGAAUAUGAGGUGGAUGGUCGUGACUAUCACUUUGUCUCCUCACGUGAACAAAUGGAGCGCGACAUUCAGAACCACCUGUUCAUCGAGGCGGGCCAGUACAAUGAUAAUCUGUAUGGCACCUCGGUGGCCAGUGUGCGCGAGGUGGCAGAGAAGGGCAAACACUGCAUCCUGGACGUGUCGGGGAAUGCCAUCAAGCGUCUGCAGGUGGCCCAGCUCUAUCCGGUAGCCGUUUUCAUUAAACCCAAAUCGGUGGACUCUGUGAUGGAGAUGAAUCGUCGCAUGACCGAAGAACAGGCCAAGAAGACUUAUGAGCGUGCGAUUAAAAUGGAGCAGGAGUUUGGCGAAUACUUUACGGGCGUUGUCCAAGGCGACACCAUUGAGGAGAUAUAUAGCAAAGUGAAGUCAAUGAUUUGGUCUCAGUCGGGACCAACUAUUUGGGUACCUUCCAAGGAAUCUCUAUGACCAACAGCCACAACAACAUGGACACUGCCGCCUCGAGUCCGUUGUCGACCAGUCUCGAGAACAACAAAUACAGCAACAACAAAUCAACCGCAACAGAAAACGCCGCACUGAUGAUGAUGCAUCACAAAAUAAUUAACAAAAACAAAUGACGAGUACACAAAACAGGACACACGACGACCAUUACACUUGACGAUUGACUUAAGAACAAAACAAACAAAAUUGACGCAGCCGCAGCAGCCAACUUAAUGUAGCAAAAAAAAAUUGUCCAAAAAAUGUAUUUGGAUGGUAGAUAGAUGUACGCCGCUUAGUGGAACGUACAUAUGUUUAAGUGGAGGAGGAACAUCAGAGCAAAGCAUUUGGCAUCGUGUAGCGAGAAGGAGAGAACAGAGCAGAGCAAAUCAAAGCAAAGCAGAUCAGAGCAGUGCAGUGCAGUGCAGAGCAGAGCAGAGCAGACAGCACAGUGACGACAGGCCCCAUGGACGGACGGAUUAUAGAUGAUGAUGAUGUUUAACUGAAGCGGACAAAGGUGUAUAGUUUUUAGUUAGAACAAAGUUUGGAGAAAGGAUAAGGAGAAACAAAGCGAAAUAUAAUAUAUACACACACACAC